AUGACCCCUCGGCCACUCCUCAAAAAUGCGUGCUCCCUAUCAACGAAAACCAUAUCUAAUCCACGAACCCUCCUCCUAACCUUCGAUGCCUUUGAUACCCUCUUCCACCCCCGCCAGCCAGUCCAAGAACAGUACGCAGCAGCAGCCCACGAAUUCGGCUUCUCGCGCACAGCCAUCACCCCCGAUAAGAUCAAAGCAGCUUUCAAAGAUGUAUUUCGCUCACAAAUGGCCCGAUACCCGAAUUACGGUCGCGCCGAUGUCCUCCGCGGCCAGUAUGGUGGACCAAAACAAUGGUGGGAGGAGGUGAUCCGGGGUUGCUUCACGCAGAUACUCUCACAGGGAAAUGAGAACGCUUCAGCGAAGAAAAUUGAUAUUACCUCAGAGAUGCUGGGUGCGCUACUUGAUCGGUUUGCUGGUGCGGAGGGGUAUGCACUUUAUCCGGACGUCGUCCCGUUCUUUAAGCGCAUGCGUGAGCUGAAGAGCUCCCACUCUAGUGGCUUUGAUCGCGUGGUCGUUGGGGUCAUUUCAAACUCAGACGAUCGGAUACCGGCUGUUCUUAAGGCUCUUGGGCUAAAGGUUGGCGACCUCCGCGCUGAUCAGGAUGUAUCGAGUAUGGCGUUGCCUGGGUUUGAGCAGCGCGAUACAACCUCCGAACUGGGGAAGCCCGGAAAGGUCAAUGAUAAGGAGCCCAGUCGAAUUGAGAAAUCGCUAUUGGAUAAUGAUUUGAAUAUGAUUAUAACGAGCUACGAGGCCGGCGAGGAAAAACCGAAUCGGUUGAUCUUUGAUGUUGCGGAACAACAAGCUAGAUUGUUGGUGCAGCAACCCACUGGCGCUGAAUCUGGGGAGAGUUGGACCCGCGUACAUGUGGGUGAUGAUUAUGCAAAGGAUUAUAUUGCUGCUCGUGAGGCAGGUUGGCAAAGCUAUCUGGUUCGUGGAAAUGCGCAGGAUCAGCCUGCACAAAAAUUGGCUUCGUUGAUGGAUCUGAUCCAUGAGCUACGGAUGGGAUCAUGA